AUGACACCCAGCAGCAGCAACAACAACAGCGGUUUGCUACAGCAGAGCGAGGGAAGGUCGCCGCAGGAAUUGAGCUGCGGCGGAGGAGGUGGUGGUGACGUGGUGGAGGGCAGCAAGGGUCUGAAGAAAGGUCCAUGGACCGCGGUGGAGGACCAGAUUUUGAUGGAGUAUGUGAGGAAACACGGCGAGGGCAAUUGGAACGCGGUGCAGAGGAACUCUGGCCUCAAUCGCUGCGGCAAGAGCUGCAGGCUCCGUUGGGCCAAUCAUCUCCGUCCCAACUUGAAGAAAGGUGCCUUCUCUCCUGAUGAAGAGAGGCUCAUUCUUGAGCUGCACGCCAAGUAUGGCAACAAAUGGGCUCGCAUGGCUUCUCAGUUACCUGGGCGAACAGACAACGAAAUAAAGAACUACUGGAACACGAGGGUGAAGAGGAGGCAACGCCAAGGCCUACCGCUAUAUCCCAAUGACAUUAAACAAUCCCAACAAUCCCAUUCCCAUUCCCGAUCCCUACCCACAACCACAAUCCAAAACCCUUUCCAAUCCACCACCAAUUGCACAACCCCAACUUUUUCCUUCCAAAUCCAAAGCCCAAUCCAAGCCCAUCAUCUGCACUCACUCUCUCCCACUCCACCAUCUCUCUCUCCUCUCUCCUCCCCACACCAUCCCAAGUCCACUACUCUCACUUCCCUCCCUCUCUUUGAUCCCAGCAACCCCACCACCACCUCUUCCUUCUCCUCCUUCACCUUCCACCGUCCCGCCCCCAUCCUCGGAGCCCCGGUACGCUACAAACGGUACCGUGACUCUGUCGGAUUCUCCCCCCCAGUCUCCCCAACCCCGCAAAGAAGUACUUCCAUUCUACGCGCCAAUUCAAUGCCUGACAUUGCCUCUUCUCACUUAACAAGCACCAAUUCAAUGCCUGAGAGUGCCGCCUUUCAGUUCCCGCGGACUUUGAACCCAUCUUUACCGCCAUUGCCAUCGUCGCGAACCCAGUUCGAGUACUCUGAGAGUUUCUUGUCAUCUACUGGCUCAGUUUACUCGGUCAAGUCGGAGCUCCCUUCAAGCCAAGUAUCCCAAACGCAGUCUGAGGUUACCAUUGAUACCAAGGUAAUCUCGGCAGCGGCAGCAGCAGCAUUAUCCGCCAGCCAGGCCCAUAGCAGUAAUGGGUUGUUGGAGGACUUAUUACAAGAAGCUGAGUUCAUUUGA